AUGCCGGGGCUCAUAAUGAAGACCAAACGGGAGAACAACAUGGGGGAAGUCAAGGAAGAGGCAGAGCGAAUUCACGGAACCGAAGGGGGCAUUGGCGUUUUGGAGAGCAAAAACUGUGAGAAGAAGGCUGGAUUAAAGCAGGCAAAGUUGCUAGACAAACAACAGGAACAAAGGGGGAUGGGAGGGGGGAUCACAGACACAAGGUUACUGCAUCGUAAUGCCUUCUUAUUAAUGCCAAAGAUGAUGAUGCCUCGAGCAUUGGAUGAACCUUCAAAACCUGUCUAUCUGCAUUGCAACUUGAACUACGCAUCUUAUUCCAACUCAGUGACCGACGUAGGCUCCAUCGUCGAGAUACAAGAGACACAUCAAGGUUCCGGCUUCGGCGUUUUGUGGCCGACCCCCAUUUCCACCAUCCCGUCUUGUCCGCUCCCAUUCACGGCUGGUAUACAACGGGGCGAAUUGCGACGCAGAAAGCGAGAAAAUCCGUGA